GAGCAAGAACAUAACCAUUCACUCGGAGUUCUCACUCUAUGAUUGCCAAAUCAAAGUCUAAUACUUGAAGAGUUGCAGAUAAAAAAUGAGUUAGGAAUAAUAUAUAAAAGUAUGUGUCUUAGAAGUUUCUUCUUACAGGUUGAUAAAUAAUCUUUUCUUUCUUUUUAAGGUUUUAUUAGACCAACAACAUAACUCAGGGGCUGACUGGUGGUCCUUUGGUGUCAUCCUGUAUGAAAUGGCUACUGGUUAUUUACCAUUUUAUCAGGAUGACACCACAAAAGAAAAAGAAGCCAUCAAAAAUACAAUCAAUGGGCAGCCUGAGUAUCCCAAAUGUCUUGGGGCUGAAUUAUGUGACCUCAUACAACAGCUCUUGAGGAAGAAUGCCAACGAACGGCUUGGGGUGUACGCCAAAGUCCGGGACCACCCAUUUUAUUCAUCAACUAAUUGGGUGGAAGUGGAAAAAAGAGCACUGGUGCCCCCUGUAAAACCACUAAUUAGAUCAGUUAAGGGGCUCAGUAAGAAUGACAACCCGUUCACCGAAGACAACGCUGGUGUGAUCCGCAUACUGAAGAACUUUGACUAUGUGGAUCCAAGCUGGCAGUAAUAAUACAUCUUUGUACCAGCACAGAGGUUCAUCCCAUCCAAAUGCCCCUCAAACAGUUCUGCAGACAUUCCACCAGCAGAAGAGCUAACAUCUGCCUCAUUCGCCUGCCUCCCUGUUUCAUCCUGUAUCAUCGGGUAAAGUAUAACAUACUCGCUUCUACCGAGGUGAGCAGGUACGAUUUAUUGCCAUUUUACUCUGUGAAACUGAUCCCACUGCUGGUUUCACUGUCACCUCAUCGCAGGCAAUAACUAGAUAUCUGUUAUACUAAUAUGUAUAUAUAUAUAGCUGUUCUGCUCUGCCUUAUAGGUUAAGCUGCCGCCCGAAGGAAGAUCUCGCACAUAUACCAUCUGAUGUGUGUGAUACAGGUUUGUAGUACUGCAGCCAACAUCACUGCAGAAAGGCCAUGUUUAUACCAUCUGCCUAUUAAUGUUUUUUACUGUUUCUCCUAUUUGUUAAGCCACUGAAAAACAUCACAUUUUAAACCUUUUGCCACAAUCAAAAUUCCAACAGAGUGGCACAGAGGCAGGACAUAUUGCAGUACAUAUUGUCUGUGCUAAAUUCACCCGCAAAAUAUACAAUAGGUAACACCUUAGCAAAAAUCUGAAAGCGGGUAUUGUCCUCUAAUUCCAUCACCUCUUUAACAUCCAGGUACUUCCCCAGUGGCUAUUUUGUUUUAUUGUUAAAAAAAAAAGAAAAAAAAAAAAAAAAAGUUCCCCCAUUUCCCCUUGUUAAACUCUUUCCUUUUCUUAUUUUCCCUUGUUGAUCUCCCUUGCCUUUACCCAUUUUCCACACAGCACAACUUACACUCUCCAGACCAUAUCAUCGUCUGUGAUGUCACCAGAGGGGGGGAUAGGGGUGGGCAUAGCUAGUGGCCUGCGAUUGGCUUAUUUUCCAUCUUUAGGCCAAUCCAAGCCACUAGCGGUACCCCUCUAGUGACAUCAAACUACAUCCUACAUCUAACAACUGCAGACACAUGCUUCCUUCAGACCUUAUCUUCAUCUCUGAUGUGGCCAGUGAUUGGCUAAUUUUCCAUCUUUAGGCCAAUCCAAGUCACUAGCAGUACCCUUCCAGCGAAAUACAUUUUGACUUUAUUUUCCCCAUUUUCCACACAACACAUCCUUCUUUCUCCAGACCAUAUCAUCGUCUGUGAUGUCACCAGAGGGGGGGAUAGGGGUGGGCAUAGCU